AUGAUUAUUACGAAUCUCAAGAGCUACCUCGAAGCUCUGCCUCAGGAGGCCGCCUUGAAGCCGCUGCCCAUCAUCAUUGCCUCCGUCCUAGCCGCCGUCAUUGCCGUCGUCUUUCGCCUAUCUACCGCAUCCAAGCUGCCCAUCAUCAACCCCAAAGGCACAUUUGAGUUCUCAGACCACAGGAUCAAGGCCAACUUCCAACAGAAUGCCGCCAAGCUUCUGAGAGAAUGGUUCAGCAAGAACCCAAGCAAGCCCGUCGUCAUCAACGGCGACCUGGGCCCCAUGACAAUUCUGCCUGCGUCCAUGAUUGACGAAAUUCGCAAUGACCCCAGACUUAGUUUCGAUGAAGCUACUAUGGAGGCCUUCCAUAGCUACCUACACGGCUUUGAGCCUUUCAAUCUCAGCGACAGCCAUCAUCUCACUAAAGCCAUUGUUCGCAAGGAUCUUACCAAGCAGCUUGGUCCUGUUGCUUUUCAACUAAUCAAAUUACUAGAAUGGCAUGAGGCCAACGUUCGCCAGACUGCUCUUCAUCUUGUCGCUCGCAUCUCUGCUCGCGUUUUUCUUGGCGAGGAACUCUGCCGCAACGCAGACUGGCUGCGCGUCACCAAGGAAUACACGGUUGAAUCCUUCAAGGCCGCCGAGGAGCUACGCCAGUGGCCCUAUCUGCUUCGACCUAUUGCCAAUCGCUUCCUUCCUUCUUGUCUCUCCACCCAAGCUAUGCUCAAGGAAGCACGUGCCAUUAUGAAUCCUCUUCUCAAGAAACGAUACGCUGCCCGCGAUGCCGCCACUUCGGCGGGGAUGCCAUAUGUCGAGUCAAACGACGCCAUGGACUGGUUUGCCAGUGCUGAUCCCGAACGAGUUCACGACGCUGUCAAUUUUCAGCUCGCAAUGUCUCUUGCCGCCAUCCACACCACGACCGACUUGCUUUCCGAAACAUUGCUUCGUAUUGCCCAAAACCCCGACAUCAUCCCAGCUCUGCGGGAGGAAAUAAUCACCGUUUACCGUUCCGACGGCUGGGAAAAGACUGCGCUCUACAAAAUGAAGCUCCUGGACAGUACCAUCAAGGAGACCCAGCGCCUGAAGCCAAUUUCUCAGAUUUCCAUGGCUCGCGUUGUCACAGAGAGCCUCACCCUCCAAGACGGCACCCAUUUCAAAAAGGGCGCGAGACUCGGUGUCACCUCUACACAUUUCCGCGAGGCCUCCAUCUAUGAGAAUCCCGAGGUAUGGGAUCCGUAUCGCUAUGUGCGCAUGCGCGAUGACCCCGCGAAGCAAAACAUGGCCCAUCUCGUCUCGACUACGCCCGAGCAUAAUGCCUUUGGUCACGGGCAGCAUGCCUGCCCCGGUCGCUUCUUUGCCGCCAACGAAAUCAAGGUCGCCUUGUUGGGCAUUCUCAUCAAGUAUGACUUUGAGCUGCCCGACAAUGCUGAUCCUCGGGUGUAUGAGAGUGGUGUGUCGCUCGUCUCGGACCCCAUGGUGUCGCUGCGCUUCCGCCGCCGUGAAGCCGAAAUUGAUCUCGACACGGCCUAA